CCCAAACCAGCCAUUGAGACGACAUUGUGGUCGAUUGAGUGGGGCAUCGCGGAGCUCGUGAACCACCCCGAGAUCCAACAGAAGCUGCGUAACGAGCUCGACACGAUCCUAGGCCCCGGCGUCCAGGUCACUGAGCCAGACACCUACAAGCUCCCCUACCUCCAGGCAGUGGUCAAGGAGACGCUCAGGCUCCGUAUGGCUAUCCCACUUCUCGUCCCACACAUGAACUUGAACGAUGCUAAGCUGGCAGGCUACGACAUCCCGGCCGAGAGCAAGAUCCUAGUCAAUGCAUGGUUCUUAGCAAACAACCCCAAGCAAUGGAAGAGGCCCGAGGAGUUCCGCCCGGAGCGGUUCCUUGAGGAGGAGGCCAAUGUGGAAGCUAAUGGCAAUGAUUUCCGCUACCUCCCGUUCGGGGUGGGCCGCAGGAGUUGCCCAGGGAUCAUACUGGCAUUGCCGAUUCUCGGGAUCACGCUGGGCCGCCUGGUCCAGAAUUUCGAGCUCAUGCCGCCAGUCGGUCAGGCCAAGCUCGAUACGAGUGAGAAAGGAGGGCAGUUCAGCUUGCACAUACUCAAGCAUUCCACUAUUAUUGCAAAGCCUAGAGUGUUUUGAGGCUCUUAUUUCCUCUUUCUUUUCUUUUUCUUUGUUUUUUUUUUUUUUUUAAUAUCUUAUGUUUACUUUGAAAAGGACUCUUUCUAUCUUAUUUCUUUGAAUUUGUAUGGUGGAUGGUGUUGGCAAGAGGAUGGAAUGGUGGAUGAGUGAAAAUGUAUGGAUUUGUAUGGGCACAUUGCAAAGUUGCAAUAAACCGUGUAUGGUUUUGGGUCUCUUGCUAACAUGGGUGGGAGAUCAGAGCCGGCCAUCAGGUGAUCCAUGUUUCUAUUAUUCGGCCCAAAUGAAAUUAUUAUUGGUAGGC